CAAGUGGAGGUAUUAAAAACAAAUGUACCACAGAGGCCCGUUAAAAAGAUGGCAGCGCUUCUUAAAAUAAAUGAGGGAUUCAUUUUGAAAAUGUGCAAUUGUAGUGGUAACCAGUUUGAACCCGAUAAGAACUGGAAUUCUGCAUUGAAGGUAUGCUAUAUCAACCGCAGGCAUUAAAUAGGAAAAGCAAAGCGCGCUGCUUUAUUUCUUUCGUUCAUUCUUCAAGCCGUAUUGCGCUUGUCUCGGCUCAUAACUGGUGAUUUGCUGGUAAAGCGAGCCUUGCCUCUGCUAGUGGUCGGAGAGCAGGUGCUGUGGCAGACUGAGGAGAUGAGACGAGAUGCCUCCCCUCCUGCAGGAUGGAGCCGCCUGCCUGACUGACUGAUCGCGCCGCCGAAGCGAUGAUUUCUAGUCACUUUCAGCAAUGACAGCGGACGGAGUAGCGGAACCCGCCAGGCAUCAGCAAACGCAGCCAGCGGGCCAAGAAGUCAGGAAAGAUAGCUGGUUUUAAAACAAAAGGCAGCCGAAGUAGGGGGUGAUAGUGUGCGCCAGUUAUCUAGAGCGGCGGCGCCCUGAAACGCGAUGGAUUUUCUUCAAGACUAAGAUGACUGAGGCUGCUGCUGCUGCGCAUGGUGCCGCAUUGCCUGGCCGCUCCACGGCAGAAGAGUGUAAUGCUUCUUUUGGCGAAUCCAGUCUAUAGGUCUUUAGGGGGGGGGGGGGGCUUGUAACUGUGUAUGCAAAGGGAUGAUACAGCCUGUGUGAUUGCGUUGCAGCCAGGCUACACUCGGCCGAGUGGAUUUUAAAAUAAAACCGAUAAACAAAGCGCUCUUAAGGUUUUUCGUAGAAAAUAAAUCUGCGCUCUGCACAUCACACGCCCUUUUACUACAGGCACUCCAGUGGACGUUGACUCGGAAAGGAUUUUUUUAAGAAGUCUAGCUUGUGGAGGACCACUGUCCAGAAACGAGCAUCGCUCUGACUUGAGAGCUGCCGAAUGCUCAGCAAACCUGAAGGCACCUGAUCUGCUCGUCCGCCAGGAUUUUACUCAAGGUUGCUGGACAAGGUGUUCUCUCGGUGACAUAGACAAUGACUCACUUGCAAGCAGGCUUGUCCCCCGAAACCCUGGAGAAAGCCAAGGUGGAGCUGAAGGAGAACCCUGAUACUUUACAUCAGGAUAUCCAGGAGGUGAGGGACAUGAUCAUCACCCGUCCGGACAUUGGCUUUCUGAGGACAGACGACGCUUUUAUCCUGCGAUUCCUCCGAGCGAGGAAGUUUAACCAUUUCGAGGCAUUUAGGUUGCUAGCUCAAUACUUCGAGUACCGACAACAAAACCUGGAUAUGUUUAAAAACCUCAAAGCCACCGACCCGGGCAUCAAGCAGGCGCUGAAGGACGGCUUCCCGGGGGUGCUUUCUAACCUGGACCACUACGGCAGGAGGAUCCUUGUGCUCUUUGCUGCCAACUGGGACCAAAGCAGGUAUACUUUUGUAGAUAUAUUGCGGGCAAUCCUUUUAUCUCUGGAGGCAAUGAUUGAAGACCCUGAGCUGCAAGUGAAUGGAUUUGUAUUGAUCAUUGACUGGAGCAAUUUUACUUUUAAGCAAGCCUCUAAACUAACACCAAGCAUGCUGCGUCUUGCCAUAGAAGGUCUACAGGAUAGUUUUCCUGCCCGGUUUGGAGGAAUUCAUUUUGUGAAUCAGCCGUGGUACAUUCAUGCUCUCUACACAGUCAUAAGGCCAUUUUUGAAGGAGAAGACUAGAAAAAGGAUAUUUAUGCAUGGCAACAAUCUUAACAGCUUACACCAGCUUAUUCACCCAGAGAUCCUACCUUCGGAAUUUGGAGGGAUGUUACCACCAUAUGAUAUGGGCACAUGGGCAAGAACUCUGCUUGAUCACGAAUAUGAUGAUGACAGUGAAUACAACUCUGACUCUUACAAUCUUUCCGUGAAAGAGCUGGAAAAAGAUCUGUCUCCAAAAACCAUGAAAAGGUCACAAUCUGUUGUUGAGCCUGGAGUAUUAAAACGUACAGAGAAGGAAACAAGUGAGGAGGAAAACAUGCAACCCUUACUUUCACUUGACUGAAUGCUUCAAAUUGGACACUUAUGUCAUCAGGCCCUUCGGACGUGAAGUGCACCUUAUGUACUGCACAAGAGUGAACAUCACAGUGGGAAAGAGGAAUUAUAAAAGUUAAUGGACAUGCUCCCAUUCUGUGAAAGGAGGUUUACAAAUGUGCAUUACGCAGAAACUGCGGACCCCUUGUUGGUUGGUGUGAGAAAUUUAAGGAAGAAGUAGUAUGUUAAGUGCCAAUAUCUCAAACUAUAAAACCUUUAGCUCUGCAUUUCAGAUCUGUGAAGUAUUACAGCAGAGCCAUGUGUAACCAAAUGAGUCUGAACCAUGUACAAUAUUGUUUAAGAAUUAAAAAAUAAACAAAUAUACUUCUGAUUAAAGAAAAAUGUAUUUAAACAAUUACAAGAGCGAUAUUGUCACUUGGCUGUAUAAUUCUGUGCACAGCUCAUGAUAUUUCCAAAUUAUUUAAGUGAAACGAUUAAAACAAUGGAGGAUUAGACAGUGUGUAUAUUCCGGAAUAUUGAGCAUUGAAUAUAUUAGUCACCAUUGAUUCAAUUAGCAUAAUAAUCACAAAUCUAUCUCAAGUGCUCUAUUUACUUUUCUAAAUAUCUCAAUAUAUCUCAUUGGAGUAUAACAGUGUUACCCAAGUAUUGAUAGAUACUUUCUUUUUACAUUUAAAGCCAUAUCAUUUAUAAUGAAUGAUCAGCAAUGAUGAGACAAUGCUCACCACAGUCCCCAUUGAUCCUUCAAAAAGCAAAGGAAAGUUUUAUUAGACACCAAAUACUCACCUGAAAGUGAUUCUGAGUUUCUUUGCAUCUUUUAAGUAAAAGUGAAAUAAAUACAUCAUCUUUAUAGAAGUGUCUGGUUAAGAAUGGUUCCACUUGAACAUUUUUCACUCAAGAAAGCAAAAACAGUUCAAGCAUUGUGAGGGGAUAAAUUGCAGUAAAGACAAAAACUGUCUGUCAGAAUAUUUACUUGGCCUUUGUAUUUUUGUAUAUGAAGUUUCUUCAGAAAGUCUCUACAUUUACUUUCUGAGACUUGCAGAAUUGUAACCCUUAGUCUGGUAGUUCAGUGCCCUGCUGUUGUUCACAUUGUUGUGAGUGUGCAAGAUACCAAUGAGCUGUAAACAUACCUGAAGGUCUAUGGAUUUGCACUAAAAAAAAAGAGUUUGCAGUUUUUAUUGGGGGAUAGCAGACUCUUAUGAACGUCAGAGGAGCAGACUCUUUUAUGAACUCAGUGUAAGAACAGUGCACUAUUUCAAAGUGUAUCUGUAACAAGAUGGUGAUCAAUAUCUUCUUUUGUUGAGAAGCAGCAACAAGAUAGGGCAAUGAGAGAAGAGUAGUGAUAGCAAAUUUGUAGCAGAUGUGGCAAGUUUAAGAAAUUGUGCAUAAGUGGCUUUGUAUGUUAAGGCAUUCAGAAGCUUGAACACCACUGCAUAAGUGUGCUGAGGAACAAGGAGGUUUUAUUGAGGAGGUAUGAAUUGAAAUGUCUCUAACAUACUAUAAUUAACACAUUUUUGAAUGAUAAUGUGCAACAACAUUAAUAAUCCUCUUUUAUUUACCCUAUUACCCUAAAAAAGAAAACUCAUACAGUAACUGUGGUGGCUUAGAAUUCUGACAGAUUUUUCUGCAAAUGAACACUUUUAACAUGGCUAUUAUGGAUGAAGAAACUUGGUGUCACCAGUACAACACAAGCUUAGUCUUGAACUGCAAGCGUGACAUGUGUGCUUUUUUCAGGCCAAGAUGAACUCUGUGCUUUUCACUGCAUGAACAAACAGGCCCUAGCCUAAUAUUACUCGAUUAUGUUUACCUCUUUUGUAAGUCGCUUUGGAUAAAAGCUUCUGCCUAGCAAAUAAAUGUAAAUGUAAAUGUUUUGUUUCUGGGUCGUAGUAGAAACACCAUAUUUCUUUCACCCAUAAUAACUGUGCUAAAUAUGUGUUCUGUUGCAGAAAAAUGCAGUGGCAACUGCAAGCUGCUGCUCUGUCAAGAUUUGAGGCACACGAACAACAUUACAUGGCUGUGAUGGGAAUUCUAUUGACACACCUCGUGCAUAUAAAGUAUAUUGUAAAUAAGGAGUUAAACAACAUUAUAAGGGGUUGAGGCUUCUAGGUAAUCUGUGUAUAACUAAGAAAACAAAGUUGUAGAAAAAAGUGCAAUAAGUGUGGAGUCACUUUGCUAGGACACGAGUCUCCUUGUGACUGAAUCCAAGAUGGCAGUGGGGCCGAUUUUCAGGAAGAUGAGGCAGAAGGAGGGGGAUUCAGGAGGCCAGAUGACGGAAGUGAUGUCUUUGGUGGUUUGUCCAUCAAUCAUCUGUUCUGGUUUGGAUUGUAAUUUCCAGUAGACGAGCCCUAAAAUUGUCUCCCAUAUGCACAUAUGUGACUGGCUUCUGAUGUAGGCUUUGACCUAUUUAUUAAAGUGCCAAAGAGAGACACAGGACCAUGCUACAUAUGCUUUUUACUUUCUAACAACUGCGACUAUCGAUUCACUUACUAGUCUCUCAAAAUGAUACCUCUGUUGACAACAUCACUUCCCUUUCAAUUUUGCCACAACGUUUAUGCUCGAAUCCCUUGGCAAAAACUCCCCUCCUGGUAAUAACACCAUAGGGUCAACUUCCUGGAAAACUAGAACAGUAGGAAAAAUUCAAGAAAGGUUAUGUUAGAGCGACCUCUGAAAUAGCAUAGAUUUCCUCAGUAUAAGAAAGUGUGAGUGAAAAGUGUUCAGGUGAGCAUGUAGAGUGGCCUGGCAUCAUAUUCCAGAAUGUCUUCUGCAAAUUAGGAUGAAUUUGCUUCUUGCAAUGCUUUAUUAGAUAAAGUAGAUUCGGAAAGUGGGUGGCUGGAUAUGCAGUGUAUAAAAUGUGUGUGUGAGUGUGUGUGUUUUGCUUCCAUUGUAUCUGCAUUAAUGGCAUAAUUUUAGAUUGAAAUAUUUGACUGAUUAGGAAAUAUUCAGUGAAUUGACUUCAGUAUGAAGUUAUGAAAAAGGAAAAUUAAGGAGCCAAGUUCAAGAUAAGUUACACUCUGUGGUUGUUUGAUUUUUUAUCACUUGUUCAACACUAUUUUUUCUUUUUGAAUUUUGAAUAUGAAAUGCCUAUAUUAUAAAUCAUGCAUACAGCGCAUGUACAGCACAGUGCUAGUGUCUAUUCGAUUGAUUAAAGAAGAUGGUAACAAGAACAUUCUUUAUGUUCUGUGUUGGAUAAAUAUCCUCAUCUUGCACCCUGGGCAAGCAAUUCUUAAAAUGAAUGGAUGGAUGAAUAUAUACAUAUGUAUGUGUGCAUAUUUGGUUUACACAAAUGCUCAUAAGUGUCAGAAGUAUUUCUAGACAUUGAAAUUUUAUAUACAGCACAUCAAACCUUAAUAUUUUUUCUUUAUAAUCAAGGUCACUCUUUUAUUAGAAAGAACUUAAUAUUAACAUAUUGAAAAUAGCAAAGCUAUGAGAACUGUAAACAUCGUACAAUUGGUUUACCUUGCAUUGCAUAUGUCAUGCCAGUUAUUAAAAUAAAUAUUACUGAAACCCA